AAGCAAACCCUCACAAAAAUAAACUUUCCCUCUCUUUCACAAUCUUCACAGCUCUUCAAGCCUUGAAGCGCCAUUCCUUAAAAUAAAAAGAAAAUCCCUCUUUCCUUUUUUUCCUCAAUUUCAAAGUUCAGUUGUUUUGUUUUCUUACAGAAAUAGAAUCAAACAGAAAGAAAUAAUAUAUAUUUUUUGUUCCAAGCAAUUACUGACUAUGGUCAUUAACUUCUCUUCAUGUCCAGUAUCCACUUGUCAUUAAGGUAUGGUACCUGGGAAUAACCAUGUUCAGAACCAUAACCGCCAAGAAGAUGGGGAGAAAAACCCAACUAAGAGAGGAGCUUCUAGGUCGUGGGGCACGACCGUUUCAGGUCAAUCCGUUUCGACUAGUGGUAGUGUUGGCUCUCCCUCGAGCCGGAGUGAGCAAGCUAUGGCUACACCAGCUAGUGAGAACACUUUUUUAAGAUCGAACCAUCUCGGUAUUCACGGAGAUGAUGCUGGAUCUCAUGGUACUGUUGGUAGUAAAAAUAAGAAGAGAGGUCAACGUGUAAUUGGAGGUGAUAAGAGCGGCAGAGGACUCCGCCAAUUUAGCAUGAAAGUUUGUGAAAAAGUGGAAAGCAAGGGAAGAACCACAUACAAUGAGGUAGCAGAUGAACUUGUAGCUGAAUUUGCUGAUCCUGGCAGUAGUGUAGCAUCACCAGAUCAGCAACAGUAUGAUGAGAAAAACAUCCGGCGAAGGGUUUAUGAUGCUCUGAAUGUACUAAUGGCAAUGGAUAUCAUAUCUAAGGAUAAAAAGGAAAUACAAUGGAAGGGACUUCCUCAUACUAGCCUGAGCGAUAUCGAAGAAUUAAAGACUAAACGGCUUGGACUGAGAAAUAGGAUUGAAAAAAAAGCUGCCUAUCUGCAUGAGUUGGAGGAACAGUUUGUAGGUCUUCAGAAUUUGAUACAACGAAAUGAGCAAUUAUUCAGCUCAGUAAAUGCUCCCAGCGGGGGUGUGGCUUUGCCCUUUAUCUUGGUGCAGACACGCCCUCAUGCAACCGUUGAGGUAGAAAUAUCGGAAGAUAUGCAGCUGGUGCAUUUUGACUUUAAUAGCACUCCAUUUGAGCUCCAUGAUGACAACUAUGUUCUGAAGGCGAUGAAAUUCUGUGAAACACCACUAAGUGACGAAAUGGCACACAAUUUUUCUGCAGAUGGUGAAUGUUCUAGUAUGUCGACAAUGUACCAACAACAGAUCCUUCCUCCCCCCAGAACAAGCACACCGGGUAGGCCUCCUAUGUCACCGCCUCUUCCCGGAAUAUUGAAAGCACGUGUCAAGCAUGAACAUUGAUAGUUGAGUUUCAUGCUGAGUACCAUGGGGAAUAAGCUAUUUGUACAUUAUGUAAAGUAAUUUGCCAGAAGCAUGCCCUGUAAGAUCAUCCUCGCCUCAUAAUAUUUUACCCCACAUUAAGCCUGAUUAGUCUGUUUGCUUGAAGGCUAUUCAAGGGGUAUCGCUUCUGGCAAGUCCAGUUUUUACAGCUUCAUAAUUUGCUCUUGUAAUUCUUUAUCCUAUUUUCUCGUCCUUACUGAAGUAGAAAUUAGCUUACUUGUGUUAGACCGGAGAAAUUGUUCGAUGCAUAUAGAAUCAUAGAAUGAACUAGUUUAUAAAACCGCAUUUGCCCUAUUACUUUUUUCUCAAAUCAUUUAUUCAGUU